GAGGUGGUGUAAGGUCGCCUAUUCUCGAAGGUUUUACUUUGAACUUGCAUUUUCAAAUUUACUAAUUUUGUAUAAGUUAUCAAAUUAGUUUAACCAUUGUUUAGUUACGACUUUAACAUAAAGUAAUUUUGAUGUAAUGGUAAUAUCAAUUGUUAACGUUUAGGAAAAGUUAAGCUAGAAAUUUUAAACUUCGUAUACACAACACACUAUACUGUGUUACGUGUGUAUUACUAUUAAGUAUUAAAUAUUAUAUAUAGUGUAUGUAGGCUUAGUAAACUGCGUGUAGGUUGUAACUAACUGUACAGUAUAACUUAUGCUAUAGUAUAGAUACUAAAAGUUAGUUUGCAUACUUUAGGCCUAGGAAUCAUUAGUUUGAAUAUGUUAAAAGUGUAAUUUUUAAAUAAAAGCUGGUAUGGAUGAAAAUUCUAAAAGUAAGAGUGAGAAGAAUAACUUAAAAUCCUACUGGAAAUUGAAUAAAAUUAAAAGUACUGGUGAUAGUAAAAUAUCAAAUGCACAAAGGACUCACCAGGAUUUUGAAUCAAAGUUCACUAAGAAACCACCUCAUUUCAAAGUUCCUGGUAGUGGUAUAACAUCCUAUGCUUACCGACACCCAAGAAGAUUUCAUCAUUUAUUUGUUGGUGGAUGUUUGCUGAUUUUUUUUAGUCGCCCGUUAUAUGAUAUUUUCAUUAGGAGUUAUGUGGAAGAUGGAAGUUUUUCAUCAGCAUUGAAGUCUAUAAAAAAGACAAUGGGUUUUGUGACUGAAGAAGUAGGUGUUACAGAAGAGAAAAAAAAAGUAGCCUAAAAAUAAAAAUCUGUUUGUAGUAAUUUUGAAUGGACAACUAAUUCAUAGUUUUCUAUUAGUAUGGUAGUAUUUACCAAGCAGUUAGACAUGGAAGGUAAAAAUAAUCAAAUUGAGUUGACUUGUCUUUCUCAUGAGCUCUUGUGCCAUGUGAUUGAUUACUUGCCUCUAAAAGAGGUUCUAUCAUUGGUACUGCUGUGCAAAAAACUGCAAGAUGCUGUAGCUCUGCAUUUAAAACUGUGUAAAACAAUCGACCUUGCCGAAAGAGAGGUUUUUGGAUACAUGCCUGCUACCAUCACUGAUGAUCACUUACACGCUUUGCUUCAAAAGUGUCCACAGCUGGAGGUGGUGUAUGGUCUACAUCCAUGGAAGGUAGAGAGGCGACGGCAGCGUAAACAACCCACUCUUACAGUUCAGGGGAUCAUGAAAGCCUUAAGUUUAUGCCCAAACCUAAGUGGUGUGGAGACGUCAGACUUAAGAGUAGCUGAAGCAGUUUUGCAUCAUAUGCCGCAGGUAGAAAUUUUGGGACAUUUCCAAAACCGCACGGGUGAUUUUCCUCCACGGUCAUCAUCAAAGUUUAAAUUUCCUGCCUAUCCUCACAUUAGCUCACUACAUCUCUCAGGUGUAGAAGUACCAGAGCUUACAGUUAUGCCACAAGUGGAACACAUGUAUCUACAUGGUGUAAGAUUCACUAAAAUUAACCCCUUCAGAGGUUUCGUUGCUCCAAGUCUCAGAACUUUUGUUAUGCGUCACUGUAUGGGUCCUUCUGUUGCUUUGAGGUAUCUACCUCUGGUUGUGACUCUCAGUAGUGCAACCUUUCUUUCUCGAUUGGAACUUGUAAGGGUUCCAAUUUUAGGAGGACUGAUCCAGCGAGCAGUUGAAGAUAGUUGGCGUAAUGGUGGCUUUCGAAGAUUACGCACUCUGGUCAUAGGUGGCUGUAAGAACAUUUUGGAAUCUGAUAUUGGACACUUGAUUAUAGUGGCUAGUGGUAAUCUUGAGAACCUAGCUAUUCAGCCAUCUCUGACCAAGGAUACGCUCUUUGUUGCUUUGUCUUGUGCACAAGGAGAUUUCAGUCGUCUUCAGUCUCUUCAUCUUGGAUACGUGGAGGAACUUCCAUCCAAAGGUGAAUGGUCAGAAGAAAGACUUCUUUCUAUGGGGUUAGCUGAAUUUCCUGAUGUCCCUUCACCAUUAACAGAUACAGGAAUGAAAGUUAUUGGACAGUUGUUUCCUAGUCUAAAGUUUCUUACUGUAAAUAAUUGUCCACAUUUGUUGGCCCCUGAUACAUGGUCUCCUAACAAUGGUCAGAACUGGACAAACUUAACAGACUUGAUCCUUAGGAGAUGUCAUUGCCUUCGACUGCUUUCUUUUGCUCUCUUUCUGGCUCUGCUCCCUGCCAUUGAAACUGUAUUUCUGGAAGACAUGUUUCGAGAGCCUCCUAAAGGUUGUAACCAUGUUGGACUGAGUGCAGGCACAGGUCUUGGAAUGUCUUCAGCAGUGAUGAGCAACCAGGAAGAUGAAGUUAAUGUUCAGGCAGAACAAGAUGGACUUGAGGACAGACCACUACAGGCAGAUGAUAAUCAACCAGGGGAAGAGCAUAGGCAGGCAGUUCCACAAGUAAACCCAAAUGCUAAUAAUGUUCUUCCAGAAGAAAUCCAUGAAAAUAACUUUGCCCCCGAACCACAAGCUAAUAAUGACGAAGCUCACCUCAUCAAUGUGUGGUUAAAUGAAGACAGAAGAGAAAUGGACUCAGGAAAUGGUGCCCAGCCUGCUGUUGAUGGAGUUGCUGAAGAACCUGCAAAUAAUGGUGUUACUGAAAGGUUCUGGUAUCACAGUGCAGAAGUAUCACAACACCAUGUCGUGAACGGAGCAUCACAAGCACACGCAGCUGGUGCCACUGAAAAUAUUUGUAUGCAGUUUUCUGCUCAAAAUCACCACCAUCAACAAGCAGAUCAUAAUGAAGGGAAAGAAAACUUUACCGGAGCCUACAAGUCUCAGAAUCAUAUAAUAGAUGGUAAUGAAGUUUCACAUCCACAUUUGCCAGAAACUUCCAAACAUAUGAAUACACAUCCCGAGACUGAACAUUAUAAUGGGAUGUCCCAGCAAAGUGUGAGUAGGCAGCUUCAAACUAAAGAACAGAAUUCUAACUUUAAAAUAAAUCAAGAUAAUUCAAAGGUGCAAGAUGACCAGUGGCUAGCUAUACCUGGACCAUCUAGGGAAUCUUACCCUCUCUUGCUAGGAUCUACAUCUUCCAAAGAUACUAGAGAAUUAGAAGUUCACAAUGACUUCAAAAAACCUCCAUCAACAACUCAAGAAGGCUUUGCAUCAAAUGAAAGCACAUCAGUUGGAGAAAAGCCUAAGUCUAAUGUACCUUCUAAUUAUCUGUCAUCAAAAGGAAAGAGAUCCUCUCGAAAGACAUCAAGUGGCCAUGCUGUUCAGGAGCAGAACCCAACUCCGAUGAAAUCCUCUCCUAAUGCACAGCAUAAAGAUAUGAAAGUGGCAGAAAGUAGCUCGGUAUUGGUUUCUGGUGAAUUUUCACAGAAAAAAAGUCACGGUAGAACUCCGAGUAAAAAGAAAAUUUCACCUGAGGCAAAAGAAGAAUUUACUAAGGAAAAGUUGCUUUCUACAGAUAAAAAUAAAACAAUAGCAAAUACGUCUUGUUGUGAUGGUAGACAACAGUAUGGCUCCUUUAUAUCAGAAGCUGAAGAACAUAAUUCUACAAAAAGUAUUUCUAGUACAAAUAGAAAAACCAGAUAUUUGGCAUCCUGUGGUGUCCCUCAAGUUUCUCCAAUGCAUCAGCCUGAAACUAGUCAAGCAUGUAGUUUCAGUGAGUUGCCCAAACAGAAUUUAGAGACUUUAAAUGUUUCAAGUUUAGAUGCUUCUACCUCUUUUAAUUCAAAGUAUGAAAAAUGUAGAAGCACAAAUAAUAAAUUAGGAGAAAGUUCGCAGGAAUUAGCUGGUCCUGUAGACUGGAAUGACUGUAGCGAUAGUAAUUCUCAUGAUCCACCAUGUGUCCCAAGUUGUAGUAGAACAUCCAUAACUCCAAACAACUGUACAGGUAUACAAGAACAAGAUUAUUCAUCUUUCAGUAAUCAUAAAGCAACAGAAAACUUUGUGGACAGGAAAAAUGCUUUUGUAGAUAAUCAAGAGACUGGAUGCUCUUCUGUAAGACGUAGAAAAAGAAAACUUGCUGCGGAUAACCAAAACGAGAACGUGGAUAAUAAUGACCAAACCUAUACUUCUACUGCAGGAUCUUACUCUAGUCUUGAUUCAGGUAAAUCUGCCAAGUCUUGUGUAGUCCUUUCUACACGUAGUUCAACCUCCAGGCAGUCGCGUUCAUGUGUUAGUGAAGCUUCUUCAAACCUGCAGGUUGCAGAUGUUUCUACCAAUUCUUUCUCCGUAAAAAUUCCAAACAUAAAAGAUUUUACACAAAAACCCAAGUCUUCCAGAAACAAGAGAAAACAAAAAUUACCACCUACUCAAAAAAAUGAUAGCUCAUUUUUUGAAGGUCCCAUGACAAGGCAGAGGAAGCGAAAAAUGUCUGACACCGGUACAGUCAGGCUUCAUGAUGUAGCUUGUCAGGCUAGUAGCGAGAGUAUUAGACAAGCACCAGGAAGAAGCGGUGCAACAGGAAGUAAUAUCACUAGUGAUGGGUUUAGGAUUAUAAGACCAACCCAACAUUCAACCAGCACACUCAGGGGCUCCCGAGUGACAAGAGCCACAAAACGUAAGCAGUGUGACCCUCCAGUUUCAAAAAGUAAGGGGGAGAAACCAAACUGUGCAGAUAAAGCCACAAGUACCAGUGACCCCCUUCUAGAAGAUGACCCGGUUUUGAUUUUCCGAGUAGUGUCUGAAACAUUACACAGUUUGACAGUAGUAUCGUGUGGAAUAUCUGACAUUAUUAUGGAUUUGUGUCCUCGACUGUUACAUUUAGAAGUGAAUGCUUGCAGAAUUUUGAAACGAAUAUAUCUACGGAGCUGUCCUAUGUUAAUUCGACUGAAUCUCUCUCAGUGUCCAAAACUAAGUUUGUCCUGUUUGACAAGUGAAAUUAUUAACCUUCCAACUAAACGGGGUCGUUUAGUAUAUCUAGAACCAUGUAAUGAAAAGUAUGACAGACAAGAACUAGAAAAGGCAGUUUUUAGUGUACCAAAUAGUGAACAUCAUGUCUGUGUGAUCCAUGAUUACAGUCCAGAAGAUGAUGAUCGAGCUGAAUACAGGGAAAAAUUUUUAGGUUGGAUACGUGUUCUGUGUCGACUAAGUAGUAUUUAUGUCAAGAAAAGAAGUUUGUUGUCACUGGCUAUUCGGGAAGAAUAUCAUGAAGAUAGCUAUCCUUGGGGGAAUCACUUUACAAAGCUGUACGGAAACUUUGUUAAUGGGGCUUACGAGUUGGUGACUGAUAACCCUUUACUUGGAACCAUGUGGAAUUGCCAACAUGAAGAUUCUACCUUAAAUGACACUGACUUUCCAGUACCUAUGUCGUCAGGGUAUUAUUUGCCUUUUGUUGAAGAAAGUCUUAUAGAAUGGAAAGAAACAGGACGUGGGCUGCAUACCAGUCAUAUUGGAUUGUACGUGCAUGUAGCAGAAAAGAAUUGUUAGUUCACUUCUGUUUUGGCCAUACGUAAUACUCUUUCAGUGUGUUUGGAUAAAUAAAGUCUGUGCUAAAGACAUAAUAUUUGGGUAUAAGAGAAUAUUGAGUGUAAAGACAACACUUGUAGCCACUUAUUUGAUACCUUUGGUUGUUAUUUUAUGUGGCAAGAUUUGAGAGUCAAUAAAUAUUGUAGUCACAAAAAUA